AUGGACAGUCAUGGGGGCCUAGAUCCACCCGAGAUGGAAUUUGAUAGCUGGGGCGAUUCCAGAACAUCAAAUGAUCGCCCACCAGGCGUCGUGGAAUGCACCAGGAACAUGAUGGAGCUGCGGUUCCCCGAGGAGAUCGGGGGGGAGGUGGAGGAGCGCUGGUUGGGGUUGGAGGAGGGCUGGGUGUACCGGAGCAGCUGGGGAGAGGAGAAGAUGAUGAAGUUCGUCGAGGGUCUGGACGAGAUGGAGGUGGUGGUGAAGGAGGUCACCGAGGCCGAGGCUAGAGGCGCCGACCCCAAGUUUGUACUAAGUAUAUGCGGUCCCUCAGCGAUUAACUCGGUACGAAAAACCAUGCCUAAGCUGGAUGAAAACCUCCGCACCUCCGCUGCGGCCUUGCCGCUACCCCGUGGAUCCAUCUCCUCGAAAGGGCUCACCCACCUUCCGAGGUCAAAGUAA